CACCCACGCGCUUUGCGCCCGCCAAAGUCACGUCCCAUACUUGCCCGUCAUGGAAGACACAACGGUGCUAGACGAUUCGAAAGGCCUGUUUAGAGAUUUUAGCUUUACCAUCAUACCCAAUGGCUUGUCAGAAGACCGCCUCAGCCAGCUGCAAAACGAUAUUGUCGCCGCAAAUGGUACCAUAAUACCCUUUGACGCUUCCAAAGGGCGCAUCGAACGACUCGAAGAGAUCAACUACAUUGUAUCUACAACAUCCGACUUUCCCGACUACUACGGUGCGCUGGACCUUAUGACACACGUUGUAAAGCCGACAUGGGUAGACCAAUCUCUGAAAGGGAACAAGACGAAGAACCCUCGCACAUACAGCCCAGACCCUGCGCUGUUCAUGAGCGAUGUCAUCAUAUGCUGCGGGAAUCUGCCGAGUGGAGACAAGGAGGCCAUACAAGGCGGAGUGCUGGCAAUGGGAGGACAGUUCACGGAGCAGCUUUCGAAAACAGUUACACAUCUGAUCUCGCUGGAUCUUGACGAUCAUCGAUGUCAGCUGGCCAUCAGCAAGCGCCUGAACCUCACAAUUGUACUGCCACAUUGGUUCGAUGAUUGCCUGAAGGUUGGACGCAGAAUCUCAGAACGACCGUACACCUUACCCGACCCCGAGAUCCUAAACGUGGAGCUCAGCGCCGUCCCCACAGCACGAACGAGCCAGCAGAUACGCGAUGCGACCACUCCAGACCCGACUAACGAACCCAUUCCUCAGAUGCCAUUAGCACGCUCUGAAGCGCCGCGAGCAGUACAAGCAUUUUCCGGGAAGAAGGUCAAGCUGGGUGAGGAUCUCAAUCUCAACAGCAGACUCAAGGGUAUCAUAUCCGGCAUGAUCACAAACGGCGGUGGAGACGUGACUACCAAGAUCAAAGAUGCGGACAUAUACGUGUGCAGCUACCGAGAUGGGGAUGACUAUGUCAAGGCAUCACAAGACGGGAAGGAUGUGGGCAACCUCAGCUGGCUGUACUAUCUCAUAACACACAACAUUUGGACCAACCCAAUGAGGCGGUUGAUGCAUUAUCCAAGGCCUCGCAAUGGCAUACCAGGAUUCGAGGGUUUCAAGAUCAGUAUAUCAAGUUACACUGGCGAGGCUCGUGUGUAUCUCGAGAACCUUGUCCGAGCCACCGGGGCCGAAUUCACAAAGACAUUCAAGCAAGACAACACACAUCUCGUUGCCGCGCACAAGAACAGCGAGAAAUGUGACGCUGCUCAAGAAUGGGCUGUGAACGUUGCCAACCAUCUCUGGCUAGAGGAUAGUUACGCAAAGUGCAAGCUCAUGCCCAUAUCGGACAACCGCUACACCUACUUUCCUUCACGAACCAAUCUUGGAGAGGUACUGGGCCACACCGAGAUCGACCGAGAUGCGACAGAGAAGAUGUUCUUUUCCGCAACACGCAAACUUGCGAAGCCAGUCAAGGUACCGGCAGCACCCCCAGCUGACUUGGUAGCACAGAGGCUACCGAUUAGCAGAGCAGCUAGUGACUCAGUGACCCGUAGCUCACCAGCAGCGGAGAAGGUCAAACGCACGAAGACGACCGAUACCGCUCAGACACCACUUGCUGCGAGGCAUCUCGACGGGAAGGAGAAUCAGACACCAGGGAGCCGAGGCGCGAAGGACCGAGCACUAUCGAAACUUCACAACGCUGCAGAUGACAUAGCAGCCUUCGAGAAAGAGAUGAAGCGAAAGGGCGGCGUCAUACAUGGCGGGAAGCGGAGAGCAGAAGAUGAGGUAGAAGACAGGACGAAGAAGGCAAAGGGAGGACGAGACUCCGUCUCAAGCAAACGCUCGGCGGACGAGCUCGAUCGGGAUGACCAGACCGAAGAUGAGGAGACAGAAGCACCGACGAGGAAUAAAAAAGCCAAGAAGGACAAGCUUGAGCCCAUCAAGUUCCGCAUGUUGGUGUCCAAAGACGAGCGGUGGGCUGGCAACAUGGACAAGGAAUCCAAGGAUAAAGCGCGUCUGCGCGAGCUUGGUCUCUUCAUCACUGAAGACUUCAAGAAGGUCGACAUCCUCUGCGCACCGCACGCUGUACGAACCAAGAAGUUUGUCGCAGCCAUGGCCUGUGGACCAGCUCUGGUAGGAUCAUCAUAUCUCGAUUUCGUCCUGAAGAACCACAAGCUCCCACCGCCAGAGAAGUACGCCAUGGACGUCCGCGAUUUCGAAAAAGAGCACGGCUUCAAGAUGGUCGAUGCUGUCGAACGCGCCAUACAGAACAAGCACCGCCUCUUCCGCGACUGGACGAUCUUCUGUACGGAAAAGGUGCCUGGCGGCUUCGAAACCUACAAAGACAUCAUUGAAGCAAACGGCGGCAAGUGCUCGCUGUGGAAGGGUCGCACUACCAACAUCACAGCGACAAAACGCCUCGUAAACGCCUCUGCUGGCGAAGAAAGUCAGAACCAGAAAGAAGACGAAGGCGACGUUCUGUAUCUCAUCUCCGACGCUAACAGCAAGGAGUUCACUAACUGGGCUAAGUUCCGCGAACUGGCCAAGAAACACGAUAUGGUACCUCGGAUCGUAAAGACCGAGUGGUUGCUGAUCAACGCGAUGGCGCAAUACGUGCAUUGGAAGCCUGAGUGGGAGCUCACCGAGGAGGUAGUCAAAGCAGCGAAGUCAUGAUAGCGUUAUUUAGCCCUUGUUCAUAACGGGUAGAGCAACAGGCGUUCAGAUACGGGCAUUGGGUUCAGGACAGCGUACAAGCGAUUUUUUGGGUCGAAGGAAAGCCCGCGAUGUUUGAGGAUCUUAGAAGGACAUUAAUAUGUUCGUAUUGAUAGAGG